CAACAUCUGGACCUGACCGGGGUCAGGGACAGCGUGCAAUGGCGUUGACACGAUCAACGGAUCCCCUGGUGUGGAUCGACUGCGAGAUGACGGGACUCGACCCUGCGACGGACACCAUCAUGAGCGUCUCUUGUGUCCUCACCAACUCUGAUCUGGUCCCACUCGACAACGAAGGAUUCGACGCCGUGAUCCAACACACGCCUUCCCAACUCUCCACCAUGUCGGAAUGGUGCGUCCGAACCCACGGCGCGUCCGGCCUGACUCGAGCGUGCAUCGAGUCCACCACGACCGCGCCCGUGGCCGCACGGGCUUUGCUCCAGUACGUCCGACGGUACGUGCCCGAACCUCGACGUGCCCUCCUGGCCGGCAACAGCGUCCACGCCGACAAGAUGUUCCUGAUGGCCCCGCCCUGGAACGUGAUCUUGGACCACCUGCAUUACCGCCUGUUCGACGUCAGUGCCACGAAGGAAAUGAUCCGGCGCUGGGCGUCACCCGCCGUCCUGGAGGACGCCCCGGUCAAACAACUCAUGCACACGGCCCGAGAGGACAUUCGCGAAAGUCUGACCGAGGCCCGAUACUAUAAACGACUGAUCGAGGGUCUGUUACCCGUGUCGGGACACGACGUUCUCGGGGUCAAUUCUGGUGGUGACGUCAACAUGACCACUACACGAGCAGCGGCACCUGAACCCUCGCCGGCUUCAAAUCAUACGAUGUUGAAUCCAGCGGCUGGUUCAAUCCCCGGUGGAGGAUUCGUAUCAGGUACCACGGCUGGUCCGAUAUCAUCGUCGUCAUAUGCAAGUGCCUCUGCCUCAGUCGUUGGCCCAACUACCGCACAAGAUGAAUGGGACAUGCAAAAACUAAACAACGCGAGCGUCGGCGGCACAACUACCAUGUACGACGGUUUCAGGACGGAUGUACCAUGACACGCAAGGUUCAAUUGAAGCCGGCACUCUCACUACUCAAAUUCCUUUUUUGGACAAUCAAAACAUCAACCACCGCCAUCCAUAAAACCCUGUGACACGAUACGAUACGAUACGAUACGCAAAGAACGAGGAACCCACUUUUACAACGUACUUUUCGCGGCUUGCCCAAGUCAAAAGACUCUUGAGAAAGCUCAAAGCACAAACCAAAGAACCCGACAUUGAUCACCCCGAUCAUCCGAGUCGGACUUUUUCAAAUGUACAACACUUGCAGUACAGUACGUCACAUAUCCCCCCCGCAAGGGCUUUUGUCGUCUACACCUGUUCUCCACCGAACACUUGUCGAGAUCCGUCACGACUACUGCCACCACCGCCACCACCGUCCCGCCAAGAAGACACUUGUGACGACGACGAGAUCAAUGGAACGUGUCUGAACUUCG